GUCCGAGCCUCCUCCGGCUGCAGGUGGUGUGGCUGCGACCCCUCCCGCCCACCGCCCGCUUCCCGGCCCCUUGCCCGGCACCGCUGACAGGAGAGAUUUACGCAGUGUCUGAGCAUCAUGGAGCUCCUAGGUUCGACUUUAACGGCAACUUAUGCCCACCCCAGACCGACACCAACCAGUCUUCUGCCAGCCAUCAGUACCACGGCGUCCAGCUAUAGGGACCGCUUCCCCCACUACAACCUGACCCACAGCCUGAGCCUUCCUUGGAGACCAAGCACCUACUACAGGGCGGCCUCCAACUCGCCAGCGCUGGACCCGUACUGCACGAGAGCCCAGAGCGUGUCCCAGAGCGCCAUGCUCCCCUUCGUCUCCAACAGAACCACCCUCUUCACCAGGUACACUCCUGACGACUGGUACAGGUCCAACUUAACCAACUAUCUCGAGUCCAACACUUCCCGACACAACUCAGAGAGGCUGAGAGUAGACACAUCUCGCUUGAUCCAAGACAAGUACCAGCAAACCAGGAAAACCCAGGCCGACUCCACCCAGAAUCUGGGAGAACGGGUCAAUGACAUAGGAUUUUGGAAAUCUGAAAUCACGCAUGAGUUGGAUGCAAUGAUUGGAGAGACAAAUGAACUAACUGAUGUCAAGAAGAAACUGGAGAGGGCUCUGAUGGAGACGGAAGCCCCUCUUCAGGUAGCCCGAGAAUGUCUAUUCCAUCGAGAGAAGAGAAUGGGCAUCGAUCUAGUUCACGAUGAAGUGGAAACAGAGCUGCUGACGGAAGUUGAUAUUAUUCUGUGCUGUCAAGAAAGGAUGAAGCUGCAUUUGGACAAGGCCAUUGCCCAGCUGGCAGCUAGCAGAGCUUCCCAGCACGAGCUGGAGAAGGACCUGAGUGACAAGCAGGCGGCUUACCGCAUCGACGACAAGUGCCACCACCUGCGGAACACGUCGGAUGGCAUCAGCUACUUCCGCGGGGUGGAGAGAGUGGAUGCCACGGUCUCCGUGCCUGAGUCCUGGGCCAAAUUUACUGAUGACAAUAUUCUUCGCUCCCAGAGUGAGCGAGCUGCUUCUGCGAAGCUAAGAGACGACGUCCAGAACCUCCUGGUGGUGACAGCCAACGAGAUGUGGAAUCAGUUCAACAAAGUGAACCUGGCUUUCACCAACCGCAUCGCCGAGACUGCAGAUGCUAAAAAUAAGAUGCAGAUUCACCUGGCAAAGACCCUGCAGGAGAUUUUCCAGACGGAGACGACCAUCGAAUCCAUCAAGAAGGCCAUCAGGGACAAGGCCGCCUUCCUGAAGGUGGCGCAGACCAGGCUGGACGAGCGCACGCGGAGACCCAACAUAGAGCUGUGCCGAGACAUGGCUCAGCUGCGCCUGGUUAACGAGGUGUAUGAGGUGGACGACACCAUCCAGACCCUGCAGCAGCGCCUGAGGGACGCGGAGGACACCCUGCAGUCGCUGGUCCACACCAAGGCCACCCUGGAGCACGACCUGGCGGUCAAAGCCAACUCGCUCUACAUCGACCAGGAGAAGUGCAUGACCAUGCGCAAGAGCUUCCCCAGCACCGUGCGGCUGGUGGGCUUCUGCUAGGGCUCUGGCCGGAGCGCAGGUGAUGCUGCAGGGCAGGGCGGAACCAGGGCGCAUGCGCACGCCUCCCGGAAGGCGGAGGGAUGGAUUCACGUAUUAAAGGAUCGUCUUCGCAGACUUGCGCUGGGGUCCUGUCUUGGAAAACCUUUGUUGGCUCCCACACCUUCAUUCUCGACGAUGUACUAGGCUUCUGGGCUAGAGCGAUACAAUCACUAUAACAGAUAAGGUAAACAAGCUUACCUGUAUUCUUGUUAUUCUCUGUGUAACAUGAGUGGGCUGGAAAGCAGAGAGGUCUUUUCUUUGAGGUGGGGGCGGUGGGUGAAUUUUGGGCUCUGCCUCCAAGGAAAACGAGGACAGAGGGGCAAGGCUUCUGGGAAGGUGGCAGUCGGAGAAGUCUGAGCAAAAACGAAGGUGGAAAAGUAGCGCAUUUGGACAGUAGUAGGUAGACUGGUUUGGCUGUGAUUCAUAGCGCAGGGUGUGUGUGAAGAAAUAGGGUGAACGCCUGGAAAUGGGGGGUGGACUUCAGCCCCAGGUUCAGGAGUUGGGGGAGUGAGGGACUGCGCUGCGCAGGGACACGGUGUUGUGAAGGCAGUGGCCGAGCGAGGAGAGUUUGAGUUGGAGACGUGGCUGCACAGACGGAGCAAAGAAAUGCCAAGUGUUACAACUGAGCAACAUGCCAGCUUCACCUGUGAGUGGUGGGGGUCCAGACUGACAAAAAGGCCUGGACACUGGUGGCCCAGAAAAAUAGGACAUCGCCUACGUUCUGUUUAAUCUCAGGGGUGAGUGGUAUUUUUAAAAUGACUUUUUCGUUAUUAAAAUGAAAAGCGUUUGCAUAGUAUGUGUUUUGGAAAACAGAGAAAACACACCCGCACAGAAAUAUUGAAAAUCACUCAUCAUCACAACACCCAGAAUUAAUCACUGAAGUUUGACAGCUUUUUAUGGUAUAUGCUUUCAAUCCUUUUUCCAUGACUAUGUAUGUAUAUAUAAAAUAUAUUUACACA